AUGAUCACCAGAGCUUGCAAAGGUCAUUUCGAGGACUAUUCGUUUGGCACAGCACAGAGCAGCCCGCAGAACUACUAUUCCUCUACGCCGAAACCCGACUCGUCGGUGGGCCUGCGGCCGUUCGCGUUCCCCCGACCCGACUACUCGGAAAAGGGUGGAGAGAUGCUCGCCCCCGUUUGUUGUUCCGGAGGGACCUCGUUCAGCUUCCGAAUCGUGUGCAAGAGUUUCUAG